GCUCUUUCUACUUGAAAUCGAAAUAUUAUGUGGUAUAGCUUCUAGAAGCAUGUCAGGGUGUUGAAAUUAAGUGCUUACGAAUCUCAAAAACUUUAGAAAGGGUUUGUGUAGCAAGUUGAAGGAUUGGAUGUCAGCAGAGACAACCUGGUCUCAUUGAAAUAGAUAACUGACAGGUAUGGCACCAAAAAGAAGACCGGUCCCCUUGAUUAUAACCCCCACAGGAGAAGGACAGUCAACCAACAUAGAUGCAGCAGCAGAGGCCAACCUGGAGGCCUUGCAGAGGAAGUUAGGGGAGUUAGACUUCGACGAACAGCAGAGGAAGCGUCUUGAGGCUUUCCUCACCCAGAAAGCCCAAGUGGGCGAGCUCAAAGAUGAAGAUUUUGACCCCAUAUGUGAACUCGGUGCAGGUAACGGCGGGGUGGUUCAUAAAGUCCGUCACAAACCUUCAAGACUGGUCAUGGCCAGGAAGCUUAUUCAUUUGGAAAUCAAACCAGCCAUCAGGAACCAGAUUAUACGAGAGCUGCAGGUCCUACAUGAGUGCAACUCGCCAUACAUUGUAGGGUUUUACGGCGCCUUUUACAGCGAUGGAGAAAUCAGCAUCUGUAUGGAGCACAUGGAUGGAGGUUCUUUGGAUCAAGUGCUGAAGAAAGCCAGAAGAAUCCCGGAAGAAAUUUUGGGCAAAGUUAGCAUAGCUCUGUAA